AUGGUGAGGAUAGGUCAGACGGUCGGUGGACGGUGGCGUGCCGGGGGGUGGCGCCGGCGACCUAGUCGCUCGGUAGAGGCCGAGGCGAAGGAAGUGGUGGCAUCUGAGAUGGGCUGGCUAUUUCCGCCGGCAGACUCAGGGCAUCACAAGGUCGCGAUAGACGGUGCAGGGGCCAAUGGGGGCGCGCGUCCGAGUGAAGGGCAAUUGAGUGGGACAGCCUCUGCCGUAUUAUGGCAUACCUCCCCGGACGACCCAAGUUAUAAAACAAUCCCCGCCAACACAAGUCUCCCCCCGCCCCGCCAGCAUCCCCGCCCGCUCGACGCCGCCGACGCCGCCCUCGACGCCGACGCUCCGUCCCCACCGCCCCACCCGACCCCGGCCUCCGACCCGGCGACCAACACCAUCCACACAGCACCGCGACCAUCAUCAGCGGCUGAUCGGUACACCCAGGUCUUCCCCGCGUCGCCCAUCCCGCUCCUCGACGCCGCAUGGCCCAGGCUGCCUGGCUAA